CUCCGAUUGUCUACGAAUCUGUUAACAUUUUUUUCUUUUGAAUUUUCUAAGAUAAGAUCUGGGCUAUGAGUUUUUGCUAUGAUCGGUAGUACUUGCUGUAGCCUUAGCUCUAGAGUAGAAGUGCAGCCGAGCAUUCCCUUUGCACAAGUUUGUGCUCUAUGCCUCUAUUGUAUUGAAAUGUACAAGUAUUUAUAUACCUUGAAUUCACAAACUAGGGAGCAAAACUAAUUUGACUCUGGAUUGUAGCCAUUUUGUACAAUUUUUCACUACACGGUAUGUAUGGGCCAGCACGUCAAGUGAAAACAAUAGAAAAUAGACACAAGAAAAAACAAGAAAAGAUGAAGGAAUCUGGUGGGAGAAACAGGGAGAAUGUAUCAGGUAAAAAUAGUCCAUAUUUUGACAAUGGCGUAAAUUCUCUUAAAAAAACAUAACAAGGAAUCUGGUGGGAGAAACAGGGAAAACGUGUCAGGUAGAAAUAGUCCAUAUUUUGACAACGGUGUAAAUUCUCUAAAAAAACAUAACUGAUGCUUUACGAAACUUGGCAAACCAAUAAAAGUGCUUUGGUAAAAUUCGAGUUUAUGCGCGAGUCAGUUACUCAGUUAAGAAGGCAAGGUGCUAGAGUUGUUUAGCAUUUCAGAAUAAAAAAUGUGUUGUUUACCACAAGUUUAUGACGAUUUACCAGAUUAUAAUACCCAGAAGAGUUAAAAAGAGACGUGGAUACAAAAAAAAAAAGAGAGAGAAACAGAUACGUGGGUCCUGCACUCCUGCUUCCAUCCAUCUCCGAACCUCUUCCCCUCUAUCUAUAAAGGCAGCCAUCUGUAAAUAAUUCCCCACACCGCCCCGGUCAAAAUCAAACGCUCGGUUGCUAGAGUCGAGUCCCGCCCAAUUCCAAAGCACUCCGCCAUGACGAAACCCACCGCUGGCUUCCAGACGCCGCGCCCUUCCUCCCUUCGCUCCUCCACCGCUGGCGCCCGCUCCGCCGCAGCGAAGCUCGCGGUCGCCAGCGCCGUCCCACGGGACCUCGCCUCCAGCACCAAGGUGGUGCGCAAGUGCCUGGACUACGACGGCGACACCAUCCUCCCUGCUACCGCAGCCCCCACGCCGCCGCUGGAUGACGUGCUGGAGGACGGCCUCGCACUUCCGCUGGACCUGCCAGACCCUGAAGUCUCCGGCGACUCCUCCUCCUCCUCCUCCUCCGUCAUCUUCGCUGCUCCGGAUGACGCGGUGAUAACUUCCGCCGACUCCUCUGUCACCGAGGUCGCCGCGCCCGCCGACUCCACCGCCGACAGCGACGCAUCUCUCCCGGAACAAAUCAAGUUCGUCAUGUCCGAGCUGCAUGCCGCCACCGGCCUCAGCCCGCGCUCCAAGCGCCUCCUCACGGCGCUCGCCGAGGCCGCGAACGCCGAGCUCACCCCCACGGCCACCACCGCCCGCCGCCUCCGUCGCGCCACCUUCUGGGGCAAGGUGCGCGUGGCGGUCCUCGCCGCGACGGUCACCACCGUGGCCGCCAUCGACGUCGCGCUCGCCGCCUACCUCUACGCGCGCCGCGUCAACGACCGGUACCACGUCAUGCCCCCCACCUGAUCCCAGCACCGCACUCCGACCACCGCCGCCGCCGCCGCCCGUGCGCCUCGACCUCGAUCGUCCAGACGAAACUGUGAUCGCUCCCUCCGUGUUGUCCCUGCUGAAGUGCUGAUUGUGCGACGUUUGCCCAGUAUACGUAGGCACGUAGCGAUGUUGCUGUUAAGAGUUAAUGGCUGCUGCAAUUGUUUAGUUCUAAUUCUGGCUACUGAUUUAUGUUGCGAGUAGCGCAUAUUGCAUCAUUGUUAAGACAUUAGCAUUGGUGGUACCCUGGUAUAGGUCAGAGAUUCAGAGAAGUAUGUUCAGAAGAGAGUAACUAAUCGGUGUUGUGGUUCGUUUAAGGCCUUGUUUAGAUAAAAAAAACUUUUUGGAUUU